UGGACAGGGUAGACCAGGCCCAGCAGAGGCCUCCCGAAGUGCCAGAGCCCCCAGGAGCAGGGAACGCGUGGGGCCAGGGGAGCACCCACGUUUGGGGAAAUGAUGAAAACGGCGGUGACGGCGCUAUUUUAUUGUUUCUCCCAACUAGGCCGGCUCGCUGGGGCCGCCCCUGUGCCCAUGAUGGGGAUGGGGACGCUGAGGCCCAGUGGAAUCCCACAGGCCCGGGAUGCCAGCAGGGAUGGCUGUCCUUGUCCCAUGUUCCAGCUCUCCGCGAUGGAGGCCACAGCCGAGUUCGUGGUCGAAAGCCCCGACGUGGUCUACGGCCCUGACGCCAUCGAGGCUCAGUACGAGUACCGGACAACGUGCGUCAGCCGCGAGGGCGGUGUCCUCAAGGUAUACCCCACGUCCACGCGCUUCACCUUCCGGACCGUCCGGCAGGUGCCCCGGCUCGGGGUCAUGCUCGUCGGCUGGGGUGGGAACAACGGCUCCACGCUCACCGCUGCCGUGCUGGCCAACCGGCUGCGCCUGUCCUGGCCCACGCGCACCGGCCGCAAGGAGGCCAACUACUACGGCUCGCUGACGCAGGCCGGCACCGUUAGCCUGGGCUUGGACGCCGAGGGCCAGGAGGUGUUCGUGCCCUUCAGCGCACUGCUGCCCAUGGUGGCACCCGACGACCUCGUGUUCGACGGCUGGGACAUAUCAUCCGCGAACCUGGCUGAGGCCAUGCGGCGCGCGCAAGUAUUGGAUUGGGGACUGCAGGAGCAACUGUGGCCACACAUGGAGUCCCUCCGCCCCCGGCCCUCUGUCUACAUCCCCGAGUUCAUCGCCGCUAACCAGAGUGCGCGUGCGGACAACCUCAUACUUGGCACUCGCGCCCAGCAGUUGGAGCAGAUCCGCAGGGACAUCCGUGACUUCCGGUCCAGCGCUGGGCUCGACAAAGUCAUCGUCCUGUGGACAGCGAACACGGAGCGCUUCUGCGAAGUGGUCCCAGGCCUCAACGACACUGCUGAGAACUUGCUGCGUACCAUCCAGCUGGGCCUGGAGGUGUCGCCCUCCACUCUCUUCGCUGUGGCCAGCAUCUUGGAGGGCUGUGCCUUCCUCAACGGGUCCCCGCAGAACACGCUGGUACCCGGGGCCCUCGAGCUUGCACGUCAGCGACGCGUCUUCGUGGGUGGAGACGACUUCAAGUCAGGACAGACCAAGGUCAAGUCCGUACUGGUGGACUUCCUUAUCGGCUCCGGCCUCAAGACCAUGUCCAUCGUGAGCUACAACCACCUGGGCAACAACGACGGGCAGAACCUGUCGGCGCCGCCACAGUUCCGCUCCAAGGAGGUGUCCAAGAGCAGCGUGGUGGAUGACAUGGUGCAGAGCAACCCGGUGCUCUACGCACCCGGCGAGGAGCCCGACCACUGCGUGCGUGGGCCGUGGGCCUCGGAGAAACUUGAGAGGGCCCACCCAUCAGAGGAUAGCGACUUCUACAUGAAUUAUGAGGGCCUCCACCGUGCCUCCCAGCCUGUCUACUGCAAUCUGCGGUCGCUGGGCCGAGCCCCACUGGACGAAGAGGAGUAUGUGAUCCCUGGGCACUGA